AUGGAACCAACACGUCCCAAAAACCGCCUCGGCUUUGAGAUUGCCAUUCUUUGCGCCCUCACAAUUGAAGCAGAUGCUGUCGAAGCUCUGUUCGAUCAGUACUGGGACGAUGAUGGUCCGGACUACGAGAAAGCGCCGGGCGAUCCGAAUGCAUACUCAACAGGGUCUAUCGGUAAACAUAAUGUUGUCCUCGCUCGAAUGCCCAAUAUGGGGAAGGUCAGCUCCGCAACGGUGGCUGUACAUUGCCGUGUCAGUUUCCCUAACAUCAGGCUCGCUCUUGUCGUCGGUAUAUGUGGUGCGGUACCCUUUAUCCCUAAGAGCAAUACUAGCAUCUACCUUGGAGACGUGAUUUUGAGCCGAGGAAUUGUUCAAUAUGACCUUGGCCAACAGCUUCCGGAACAGUUCGUUCGCAAAGAUAAAAUCUCGGAAGAUCUCGGUAGACCUGGCGGAGAAAUUCGCUCCUUUCUAGCGAAACUCGAAAGCAUCCGUGGUCGAAAGAGAUUAAGAACUAAGACUAUAAGCUAUCUAAAUAGUCUUCAGAGCGAACCCGAGUUGUAUGCGGGAUACCCCGGAGUUCAAUAUGAUAAGUUAUUCAAGGCUAUGUACCGUCAUGUCAGCGAUGGUCACAAGUGUGACGAAUGCGGAUGUAGUGGAGAGCUGGUUGUUCGUGCUCGUCAUUCCCAAGAUAUACCACAGCCCGCAAUACAUUUCGGCUUGAUUGCGUCCGGUGAUGCUGUGAUGAAGUGUGGUGUGGAGCGCGACGAUAUAUCUACACAAGAGGGUGUUAUUGGGUUUGAGAUGGAAGGCGCCGGAGUUUGGGACACGUUCCCUUCCAUUGUAAUCAAGGGUGCCUGUGACUAUGCUGAUAGUCAUAAGACGGAUGUCUGGCAAAGAUAUGCCGCUGCAACAGCAGCAGCGUGCACCAAGGGUUUACUAGAAAUCUGGUCACCCUCCAACUUUGCCCCACUUGAAGAAAGCAUUUCUCAAGCAAGCCUGACUACAAUAUGUACCAUACCAUACACAAAGAAUCCAGAUUUCGUGGGGCGUUCUGAAAUCUUGGACUGGUUGGCAGGCCAGCUAAGGUUCCCACGAGAAGCACCUAACUCUACACAAACAAGAGCAGCACUCUAUGGAUUAGGAGGCACUGGGAAAACGCAGAUUGCGUUAGAAUUUGUCCUUAGACUGCAACAGAUACACCCAAAUGUCUCCAUUUUCUGGGUUCAUGCCAGUAGCACCCAACGCUUUCGACAAGCCUUUGCAUCUAUCGCACAGGCAUUAGAGAUUCCAGGCUUUGACAAUCCUAAGCAUGAUUCGUUGCUCCUGGUCAGAAAUUGGCUCAUGGAGAAGACUCAUGGAGAGUGGAUCAUGAUCAUUGAUAAUGCCGAUGAUGUAGAGCUAUUCUUUGGCCAACCGCCUGAAACCGUAUCAGAUAUAACCGAGCCAGAGAAUCUUGCACAAUAUCUACCAGAAUGUCCUCAUGGUUCUUUGCUCAUCACGACAAGAAAUAAGCAAGCAGCUGUUAGGUUAACGAAAGGGCGGGGUUUAAUUGAGGUGCCUAGUAUGAAUGAUAUUGAGGCAGUGAAGCUGCUUCGUUCAAGCCUCGACGAUAUAGAGACAACCACUGCUGACCUAUCAGCACUAUCCGCAUAUCUCGAAUACCUCCCACUGGCAUUAGCCCAAGCAGCAGCAUAUAUCAAGGAAACUACGAUCACGGUUGAGAAAUACCUCAACCUACUAGGUGAUGACAGUGAAAAGAAGAUGACACACCUCCUCAACAAAGAAUUCGAGACAGUCGGGCGAGACUUCCAGACACCGAAGGCAGUAAUACGGACAUGGAUGCUUUCAUUCCAACAGAUUGAGAGACAGAGCCGACUAGCUAGUGAACUUCUCUCUUUCAUGAGUCUUCUAGACCGGCAAGAUAUCCCAGAAGAGUUCAUCUCAUAUUAUAAUGAGAAUGAGAGUGAAGUUGGCAAAGCGAAUGAGAUGGAACUUCUAGACGCGAUAGGCUUGCUCAAAGCCUUCUCUUUUGUGACAGAGAAGACUGAAGGAGGCUUCAAUAUGCACCGUCUCAUACAAAUAGCGACCCGCAAAUGGCUUGUCAGUAGGGAUAUAAUCAACCGAUUCAGAAGCAAGGCGCUCAGAACGGUGGCGAAGAUAUACCCAUCUGGAGAUUUUGAGAAAACUCGAAAUAUAUGCAUCAGGUAUCUUUCACAUGCGAACAUGGUAUUGGAGGGGAGCCAGCCAAUGUUGUAUGAUGAGGUUGAAAGAAGGAUGCAGAUACUCAAUUCCAUUAUAGGAUUCUACGGAUUUGAGCGUUUGUGGGAUGACGCAGAGAAAGCUUCUACAUGUGCGGUAAAUCUAUCCCAGGAGAUACAUGGAGCUGAUCAUCCAACAACACUUAAGAGCAUGUCAAUCCUGGUGGAAAUAUAUAAUGGGCAAGAGCGGUGGCAAGAAGCAGAGAGCCUUGGAAUACAGGUAGCAGAGGGCCAAAAAAAGAAAUUAGGAGUCGACCAUCUGGAAACGCUGAGCAGUAUAAGAAAUCUUGCAGAAGCAAUAUCAUCUAAUGGUCGACCGGAUGAGGCAGAAAAACUCAUGGCACAAGUGAUAGACGCUCAGAAGGUAAAACUGGGGCCAGAUCACCCAGACACACUAAAUAGCAUGGCGGUUCUUGGGGGAUUGUAUGCUGAACACAAGCGGUGGGAGGAGGCAGAGAAGAUAUUAACGCAGAUAUUAACGAGCCGAAAUUCCCGAGUCGGGGUUGACCAUGUUGAGACAUUGGAAACCAUGGGUAUUCUUGCAGCAAUUCUUGGAGCAACUGGACGGAACGAGGAAGCUGACCGCUUGAUGAAACAAGCAAUUGGAGCUUAUAGGACAAAAAUGGGAGCCGACCAUCUAGGUCUACUCGAAAUGAUGAGCAGUUUUGCAAUAAUAUGUUCCAAAAUGGGUCGGAUGGAGGAGGCAGAAAGGCUCCUGGGUCAGGUGAUAGAGGGCAAAAAGAAGAAAUUAGGAUCGUGUCACACUGAUACCCUACAAAGUAUGGACAUACUAGCAUCCCUCUUUGUUGGCCGUGGGGAAUGGGAUAAGGCAUAUGCAGUCCUUCUUGAAGUAGUAGAGGCUCGAGAGAUAGGACUGGGAACUGAUCAUCCAGAUACCCUUGACUUUAAAGCAAAUCUUGCUUUCAAGCUUUUAGAGGAUGGGCGCUUAGACUUGGCAGAGAAGUUGGAGCACCAGGUAAUGGAAGCACGAACAAGACUACUUGGGGAUGAUCAUUUAGAUACACUAACUUGCAAGUGUAAUCUUGCAUCAAUAUAUGGGGGGCAGGGACGAUGGCAAGAGGCAGAGAAGCUGGAUGAGCAAGUAUUAGCGAUCCGAAAGAUCAAAUUGGGACCUGACCACCCAGACACUCUUGUGAGUAUGGCCAACUUGGCUUACGACUGGAAAGGGCAAGGACGAUACCAGGAGGCUUUGGAAUUGAUGGUAGAGUACGCUGAAGCGCAACAUCAGACUGUGGGGCCUACGCAUCCCGAUACUGUCGCGGCUAGGACUGUUGUAGAUACGUGGAAGGCUGAGAAAUAG